AUGGCACGGAUCAGGCAGUUCACACCAAAGGAGUUCCUCGAUCAUGCAGGCAGGCCGUAUACCGUGAUUGGCGGGACACCUUCCUCCUGCUCCAAUCCAUCCACCGUCAUAGAACUGGGAAUUCAUAUCUACACGCUGUCCAACUUGACAGAAGCUGCACAAACAGUCAGUACCGCAUUUCUCACAGGGUUUGCAAUGUCUCAGUGCGGCAAUUUGUCUAAUUACUGGCCCCGUGUGGAUGUAUAUUCCAAGCUAGGCAGUAUCGACGAAUGUAUUGAGCACCACCGGGCUGAGAAGGUCUACAGGAAAAAAGCCUUGAAGGAGAUGCACCAAGAGAUAGCUGCCGUGACUAAGAGUGAGGACGAUGCUGAAGAAGCCGUUAGGGCUCUACGAGGUAAGCAGCCGCUGCCACAUAUUGUGCCGAGUUGGGCGUGUACAGAGCGGUUCUGGAAUGAAGUAUCCAUGGGCUCUUGGUGGCGAUAUCGGGGCUUCAUACUCGUUAUACCUGAGGAGUGUCAGUCCUGGAACGAUGUUUUGGAGAAGGGAUUAUGGAUGUGCAUUAACGCGGUCCACAAUCGUGCCAUCCUCGCCGUGGGAGAAGGGGAGCUGGCGGAGGUAGAUCCGUUGGCCAUUGUCAUCGAAGAGCAAAUCUCUUACCUUGCAAUCGAAACUGCUCUAGAUGGGGUUUUGCAACAUCUGGGCGACAGUCCGUGGGCUUAUGUCUUUAAGGUCAUUCGGGACGGCUUCAACAAAGACAAUCCGCGCAGACCAUUCUGUCUUUGGAAAGGUGUAGAUGGUGAAUUUAAUGACAAGCUUUGA